ACUGUAUGGUAAAAACAGCUUAGACAAAGUACAAAUACACACACUCGAAUCUUGAGUUGAGGCCAAGAUGACCUCGGAGGACGAAGUGGACGAAGACCAUGACCUGGCCCAGAAGUCCACUCUAGCCCCCUUGGAACCUUUUUUGGCUCAGUUGAACACCCUGCCCGAUUUGCCCGGGGAUGGAGUGGGUGUGACACGAUUAGAUUUGUCUGGAUUGAAAUUAACCUUGUUUCCCCAAGAGAUCUGUCAAUAUCCCAAUUUGACUCAUUUGAACCUCUCCGACAACCUGAUCGAGGUCAUUCCGGACCAAGGAUCCCAACCCUUGAGCUGUCUGGAUCAAUUGGUCGAGAUCAACCUGAGUGGAAAUCGAUUAAUCGCUUUGCCGAGCUGGUUUAACCGCUUGCCCCGACUUCGAAAGCUAGAUAUCAGCUCUAAUCCCUUGGGUCAAUCAGGAUUCCAAGCCUUGGAUCCGAAAGUUUUUGGUCAGCGGCAAUCCCGUCGACUUCAGCGCUUAAAUCUGUCUCAAUGCGCUUUGACGUCCCUCCCACCGGUUGUGGGCGGGCUUCGAGACCUGGAAGAGUUGACUUUGGGUCGUCCAGAUUACCGGAGUCAACCUGAUAUCUGCGACAAUCUUUUUCAUAGCUUGGAUCAGACCGUACUUCAAUUCAAGUUUCUGAUCCGGGUUUCGGCCCCCAAUGUUCAUUUAUCGGAUUUGCCGGAUGAAAUCUGCCGCUUAUCUCAUUUGCGGGCCCUAGAUCUGAGUCAUAACUUGCUCUAUUGGCUCCCGCCUAGUUUGAUUCAGUUAUCAAACCUAGAGGAGCUCCAUUUGUCCCAUAAUAACAUCGAAUCGUUGCCCUAUCAAUUUGAGACGCUUCGGAACUUGAGUCAAGUGUAUUUAGCUUGGAACUCAUUGACUUGGAUCACUCAAGACAUUGGCGACAUGAAGGCGUCCCUCAAGGUCUUGGAUUUGUAUCAGAAUCAGUUGGAUCGCGAUGGAACUAAUGGAUUGGGUAACUUAGAUCUGGACCAAUUGGAUCUGGCUGGCAAUGACUUGAGUCUCGCAGAGAUCCGCGAUGAGUUGCGCAUCAAGCAAUACCCGGAGUUGGAACAGUCUCUCCGAAAUGCACUCAACUCCCAAGACGAGUCACGUAUUUCCAUGCCAGAACGUAUUGACCGAUCAGAUCUAGGUCAAAAAGUAUCAGAAGAGUUGGACUAUUCCCAUCCAGAGGUAUCCGAAGAGGAUGAAGAGGACGAUGUCGAGAUAAAUAUCAGUGACCAGGGUUAUUGUGAGGACGAUGGGAAUCAAAGCGAGACUUGGUCCGAGCCGUCCAAAUCUCGAGCUAGCCAAGCUCAAGGGAAUUUGUAUCACUUUAAAGAAGGUCUCGCCUCGUUAUCGUCAACUCCGGAUUCCAAAGAAGAUUGGGACGCCCAUUGCGGUUACCCCAAGGUCAAAACGACUCCAGUCUUUUACAAUUUUGAAGACAUGAGUCACCAUUGUUUGGGAAAGCUCGACUUUUGUCCCUCUGAUUUGCAUGCCAAAAAGAUUCCCUGGCAUCAAAAAGGCCGCCGUCGACGGCCCAAUUUUGAAUUUGUCAGAAAGCUCUCGGAAUUGGCAAUUGGAACAAGACACAACCCACACCAAAGAAGAAAUGCCGGAGGCCCAUCACCUUCUCAAUUGUAUCUUCCAGUGGAUCUUGAACAGUUUGCCGAUGCUGAAUAACAUAUGAAUCCAUAUCUUCUACGUUGCUGAGUCAGUAUUAAUAAUUUUAACGAGCAUUCAAAUCUUUAGCGUUUACCUUUCAGA